GGGAAAAAAAGCAGAUUUUCUGCCAAGAAGAAGUUGAGGAAAAACCAUAAAUAGAAUUAUUUACUAAUUGAGUUUGGUCAACACACGGUAGAACUGCAAUUAAUUCAUGUUUGACAUCUAGACUUUUAUAAAUAGGUAGAUAUACUGUGAUUUGGAGUCAUCUCAUUGUUGCUUAGUUCAGUGUAUAAUUACCAUAGACUAUUCUUAUACAGUCUAUGAUAAUCACACUCUUUUUUUAACUUUACACUUCUGUCUUUAGGUUGUUAUUUUAGUUGUAUUUACUUGUACUUUUAUUUAUUUAUUUUUUAUUUAGUAUUUGUUUCAUGUGGUUUAGUUGCAUAUCAAGUACAUUGAGAAAAAAGACAGGAUCAAACCGGAAGCUCGAUGACUCUUCAACUUCCGCCGCUAGAGAGCGCCCUCGACCCGCUAAGGUACCCGGAUGUUGUGGUAGCGCAGCAAUGAGAGCCGUCAUUCAGAGAGUGACCAAAGCGAGCGUGACAGUGGGAGAGGAGCAGGUCAGCUCGAUCGGCCGUGGUCUCUGUGUGCUGCUGGGGAUUUCUGUGGAUGACACUCAGAAAGAUGCUGAGUACAUGGUUCGUAAGAUCCUCAACCUGAGGCUGUUUGAGGAUGAGAGCGGCCGUUCGUGGAGCCAGAGCGUCAUGGACGGGAACCUGGAGGUUCUGUGUGUGAGCCAGUUCACCCUGCAGUGCAUCCUGAAGGGCAACAAGCCCGACUUCCACGCCGCCAUGCCCGCCGAGCUGGCCCAGCCCUUCUACAACAGCAUCCUGGAGGACAUGAGGAGCGCGUACAAGCCGGAGCUCGUUAAAGAUGGAAAGUUUGGCGCCAAAAUGCAAGUCCACAUUCAGAACGAUGGACCGGUCACCGUAGAGCUGACAUCGCCAAGUUCCCCCACAGACCCCAAACAGAUGUCGGGUGGCUGCUUCAUCGAGCUCUCCCCGAACCGUAAAGAGUCUGCGCGCCAGAUUUUAAUGAGACUCGUCAGUGCCGAUCAGCUGUGAGGGGCGGGGCUUGCAGCCACAACAACAGACUCAUUAAGGCGAUCCAAUGACGGCAGAGAAAAGAGGCAGCCGUGUGUUCAGAUUGUCUUCUUUGUUUGUGUACAAUAAACGGAUUUGUGUUCAUGUUGGAACCUUUGGGUCACGAAGAGCUUAACGCAGUCUGGAAGUCAUGAUGCUGCGACUGCUUAGUUCUGGAGAUGCUCCAUCUGCUGCUGGACAAUGAAUAAAAGCAGAACUCAAGCAGACUGUUGAUGUUUAUGUUAAAAUAACAACCUUACAGCUACAAAACUUGAAGAACAUCAGAGUCAUGCCGGUAAAUAAAAGAGCAGUUUGAAGUAGAAAAUCAACAGAUUUGAUCUUCCUUUGCAGAUGGAGGUAAAGUCUAAGUCAAUAAAAUGUAAUGACUUGUAGGGGGAUCCCGAAAAAAAAAAAAACAA